AUGCAUUCUCCACCAAGCUCUUCAACAGCAUUAUAUUACCACCACCAUAGACAACAAGAACAGGAAACACGAGAAGACGUUGUUGUUGAAGAGGAGGCUUGGGGAGCUAACAUGCCAACACCAAAAGCAAAAGCAAAAACUGAUUUGUCAGUGAUUGUAGAGGCGUUUGAGGAGCUAGCAAAACGUCUGAAUUCUCGGAGGAUCAGGAAUACUACAGACAAAGGAGCUGGAGGAGAGCUCAGAUUGGAUACGUUCUGUGAAACAUGCUCUUUGGUCUCUGCUCUUUUCCGCUGCCUCGGUAUCGCUUUUCGAUUCGCAGAGUCCGAGUACGUUGCCAAGGUACAUGAUCUUGUGGAAGCAUCGAAGAGGUAUGACACUUUACAAACUAUACUUGAUCUAGAUGUUGCAAAUGGCACAGUUAGAACAUCAGGCAGUCAUUCACGUAAUUUACGUCGAGUCAGGCAGGGUCUUGAUCUCAUCAGGGCUUUGUUUGAGCAGUUUCUUUCUACUGAUGAUUACUCUUUAAGGGAAGCAGCUACAACAGCUUAUUCACAAGUUUGUGCACCAUACCAUACGUGGGCUGUCAGGACAGCGGUUUAUGCUGGGAUGUAUACUCUUCCAACAAGGAACCAACUUCUACUGAAUCUCAAUGAAACUUAUCAGUCAGCAGAGAAGAACAUGAGAAGGUAUAUCAAUGCCUCACUUCCAGUUAUCGAGUAUAUUGAUAGGCUUUACAUUUCCAGGAACAUCAGCUUGGACUGGUAA